ACCCGGAAAAGUUGAAGUAAGCGGUACAUCCCAGUGAUGUCGAAAGCACACAACUACACUGAGAUCUUUUAAAAACAGAAAUAAGGAAUUUUUGAGACAUGGUUAAAUCAUCCUUCGCUUUUUUUGUCUAUGUAUUACAUUUAUUUGUUGCUGUGAGUCAUUCUGGGUGCUUAUAUCAGAGCGACUGUCAAUCCAACUACGUUUGCUGCAGCCAUCAGUGUAUUUACGGCUCUUCUUGCGUCGGAAGGAAUUGCGCUUCUCAGUCAGACUGUACGAGCGAGGAAGUGUGUUGCGACAGUGAUUGCAAAUAUGGCAGUGACUGCAAUGGGUCCCCUUGUAAUGCCGACAGCGAUUGUGGUCAGUUUAAUCUUAACUGUUGUGAUGGCACUUGUCAAUAUAACGACUGCAAUGACGCCGCGGUUUUCUUUGGUUCAAUAUUUGGAUCACUUGUCGUGCUUUUCAUGUUCCUUAUGUGUAUUUCCUUUGCUUUUCGUCGUCGAAGAGCACUUGAUCGUGGCAGGAUAAUCGUCGGCCAAAGAGUGACAACGACUACUACAGUAAGAUCUGCAAUGCAGAGUAGCUCAACCUACCCCGAACAGAAUCCACCCACCUACCAACAAGGCUACCCAAACUACCCCCCUCCACAGUAUGAGCAGCAUCAGACAAACAGGCCUCAGCCCUACAACCCUGAACCAAGCAUAGCAAGUCACUUGCUGAGUGAACAACCUCCCCCUUAUAGUGGAGGACCACAGGGGACUUCAGGGGGAGUUUACACUCAUAAACCUUCUUAUGGUUCUGUGCAAUCACUACCACCCGUGUAGUGACAUGAAUAGUUUUUUCUGGUGUAGGAAUAGAUGAAAUGGUAUUCAAGGUUCUAGAACCCCCAAAAGGACCUCUUGUUGCAGCGUUUAGAUCACCCCUGAUGAAGGCACUAGACAGGAGUGUCGAAACGUUGGGUCUAUGAAUUGUAACUUCUUCGAUUACAUGCAUUAAAUCUGCAAACCAGAGUAGCAUCAAACUAUGUCUGAUUGUCCACCUGGUUGCCGUGUGAACUUUAAUAUAUUUUGAGUUAGUACCAGCUUUCAUACAAAAAUCCUUCUCUCUAAACUGUGGGGUCAAGUGUAGAUCAUGCUAGUAUUCCAUUUUUAGUGCUUCAAGUCCACGGCCGCGGAGGUCGUCCAUUUCUUAGUCAGGCCGGCCACUGAAGUGACAUGCAUUACUGGGAAGGGAUGGCGCAAACGCCGAAGGAAACGCAGUGAUGGUCGUCAGUGACCGGGAAAUAAUUAACGAUAAAUAGUUGAAUAAACCCAGGUGAAUCUCUGGCAUACGUUUCUCAGUUGUAUGAAUCAGUUUUCCAGAAUCUAUGAAAAUUUUUCUUGUUUUUGCUCAGAAACAAUGUUUUAGAUUUCAUUCAUCAGGGUACUGACAUAUUCACAGACAAAAACAUGGCUAGAGAUAGAGCACUUUGUGUUUUUUAAGGUAUUAUUCUAUAAAUAAACAUGACC